ACUCUGUCGGAUACUCCGAAUUUUUCGUAUUUUUCCUGCAUUCUUAGAAAACCCAGAGAAAAGAGAAGGGCUCUCGCCGAUGGCUCCCGGAAUGGCCAUCGCCGAUCCGGCGUUAGGGAAGCUAGGGUUUGGCUUCGAGCUGAGGCAGGCCGCGGCGGCGGCGGAGGAGGUGGAGGAGCUGCGACGGAGGAACGAGGAGCUGGAGAGGGAGCUUAGGGAGAAGAGGGCCAGGGAGGAGGAGAUGACGAGGGAAUUGGAGAGGACGAGGGCGCAGUUGAGGGUGGUGGAGGAGGCGGAGGAGCGGCUCUGCGUUCAACUGGGGGAGAUCGAGGCGGAGGCCGUGGUAGAGGCGAGGGAUUACCACCGCCGGAUCAACGCGCUCUCCGACGAGCUCGAGGAAGCCCGCAGGAUUCUCUGCUCUUCCUCCUCCUCGUCGCCAUCGGCGUCCCACCGCCGGCUUCUCGUCGGCGUGGACGGAUGGAACUAAGAGAAUAAAGAAACAGAGCAAAUGAAAGGAGGAAAGAUAAGUUGCUUAAAAAUUUAAGACCUAAAAAAAUGUUCUGUUCUUUUUAUUGUAUUAUAUAUAUACUGGAAGAAGAUACAAGAAUUUUUCUUAUUUCUUUUUUUUUUUUUUUUGCGCAAAUUUGUUUUGUUAGUCAGAUGUAACCGAGUGAAUUCAAAUCCCAAAUAUAUUUCUUUUUCUCUGUUA